AUGUAUGAGCUACUUCGAGACACGGUCUUAAGCCACGCCCUGCGGCUCAUCACCGGAGGAAGAGUAUUCAAAUACCAAGAAGAGGUCGAUCCGUCAAUAUGGAAGAAAUUUGUAGACGGCGAAAAAUCAGCCAAUGUUGCGCGGUACGGAGAGACAACACCUCCGGACCAGCACUCGCCAGAGGACAAUCGCUCCGGCGGCAAUCAUGACGGUUCCUCAGAUUCCCGAACUUCAUCUGCUACAGCCGUCGAUCACGAUACCGUUGUCCAUGGUAACAAGAAUCGCCAUGUUGAUCCCGAAAAGGGCAAAGACUAUUAUAUUGUCGACUGGUACGGUCCAGAUGAUCCCGAGAAUCCAUUGAACUGGUCCAGAGGAAAAAAGUUCUUUGUGACAUUUGAGAUUUGCUUCCUAACCUUUAGUGUCUACAUUGGAUCAGCCAUCUACUCGGCGGGCAUCCUGGACGUGAUGCAACACUUUGGCGUCUCGCAAGUGGCCGCGACGCUGGGCCUGACCCUCUUCGUCGCCGGCUACGGCAUCGGUCCCAUGAUUUGGAGCCCGCUGUCCGAGAUUCCCCAGACGGGGCGCAAUCCCAUCUACAUACUCACGCUCGCCCUCUUUGUGGUCCUGCAGGUUCCGACGGCGCUGGCCACAAAUUUCGGCAUGCUCCUUGCUUUUCGUUUCCUCACUGGCUUCAUUGGCAGCCCCAGUCUGGCCACUGGUGGUGCUAGUAUCAGUGACAUGUACUCGCCUGCCAAGCGCACCUAUGGCCUGGCCGUCUGGGGCAUUGGCGCCGUAUCCGGCCCGACCUUGGGUCCUCUAAUCGGCGGGUUCGCCGCCGAGGCCAAGGGAUGGCGCUGGCCCAUUUGGGAACUCAUGUGGCUCUCGGGCGGUUCGCUGGCCUUUCUCAUCUUCUUCUUGCCCGAGACCUCGCCGGCCAACAUCCUGUACCGCCGGGCCCGGCGCCUGCGAAAACUGACGGGCAACGCCAAACUCGUGUGCGAGGCCGAGCUGGCAGGCCAGGACAUGACGGCCCGGGAUGUGGUACAAAUGACGCUGGUCCGCCCCUUUGUCCUGCUCUUUGCCGAGCCCAUAGUCUUGGCCCUCGAUCUGUACAUUGCUCUGGUCUACGGCCUGCUGUAUAUUUGGUUUGAGAGUUUCCCCCUCGUCUUUGAGGGUGUCUAUGGGUUCAGUCUAGGGCUCGAGGGGCUCGCAUUCCUGGGUAUCCUCGUCGGUGUCUUUGUGGUGCUGCCGCCGUUUGUCUGGUAUCAGCACAAAUACAUUGAACCCAAGUUUAACGACAAUGGCGAGCUCAAGCCCGAAUGGCGCCUCCCGCCGGCAUUUGUGGGCGCUUUCGCCAUCCCCAUUUGUCUGUUUUGGUUUGGCUGGACCUCGCGUCCCGACAUUCACUGGAUCGUGCCUAUUAUUGGUACCGCCUGGUUCAGCAUUGGCGCGUUCCUGCUUUUCAACUGCGUCAUGAACUAUCUAAGCGACGCCUACCCAACCCAGGUGGCUAGUGUCCUCGCGGGUAAUGAUUUGUUGAGAAGUAUGGUUGGUGCCGGAUUUCCGCUAUUUGCGACUGCAAUGUACAAAAACUUGGGCAUUGACUGGGCUAGCUCUACCUUGGCCUUUAUCUCAAUUGCAUUUAUUCCAAUCCCAUUUGUCCUGUUCAAGUAUGGUGAGUGGCUUCGACACAAGAGCAAAAAUGCCAGACACGACUUGUAA